UAAAGGGCAGGUUUUGGAGUUACAACAUCACUACAACCACACUUUAUCUGAACUGAUUUGUGAGAUCUGUAGUAGAGCGAGAGAGUUCAGUGGAGGCAUUUUAUGUUAAAAGGAAAAAACACAAAACUCCAAAUAUAAUGCAGAGACCAAGACAAAUGCAGAGGCUAUUGUUUCUGCUCCUGGGUCAACUUUUAACAUUUGCUUCUUGUGAUACAACUCCAGGACCUAAACACGAACGAAGACCUGGAGGUCCUUCACAGGAACAUUGGGGCUACUCAGAUCAAGACUGGAGGGAAGACUAUCGGAAAUGUGAAGGGAAAUCACAAUCUCCAAUCAACAUUGAAAUCAGCAAAACCAUUGUCAACAAAAACCUUCCUAAAAUCACUCUUGAGGGAUAUAGUUUACCAGAGACAACUUUACUCAGUUUAACUAAUAAUGGACACACAGUUCAACUUUCCCUCCCAGAGUCGAUGAGCCUAAGCAAUACGUUCCCACAGAAAUAUUUGGCAAAUCAGCUGCAUUUUCACUGGGGAUCAGAAGGCUCUCCAGGAGCAGAGCACACAGUAGAUGGUAUCCGGUAUGCUGCUGAGAUGCACGUUGUUCAUUACGCUGCCAAAUAUGGAAGUUUGAAAGAUGCAGCACAGCAAGCAGAUGGUCUUGCAGUUCUGGCAGUAUUGCUUCAGAUUGGACCGAAUGAUAAUGAAAAUUACAAUCACAUUUUUGAUAAACUGGAAGCCAUUUCUCAAGAAGGUGAUGAAGUGUACAUUCCUGGUUUUGAUGUAAACACUUUGUUGCCCCAUCAGCUGUCCCAUUUUUUCCGAUAUAAUGGAUCCCUGACAACUCCACCCUGCCUUCAAACUGUUACCUGGACUGUUUUCAAUGAUACUGUCCAGCUCUCGAAAGAACAGCUCCACAAACUAGAGACCAGUUUAAAGACGGGCCAUCACACAUUGGAUUCUAACUUUAGAUUUGUCCAGCCACUCAAUGGAAGGAAUGUGCUUGCUUCUUUUUCGUCAACAUUGCCUUCAGGAAGAAUGGUUGUUAAAGAGUCUGCUGAAUCAGGCGGAGAUGACAAACCAGGUUUAGAACUUGGUGAACCAAAUGCAUUCAGUAAUAGCUCGGAUGGCAACCAAAUUGCUUUAGGUGAUACAUUGGCUAUUAUAUUUGGGAUUCUAUUUGGAUGUACUGCUGUGAUCUUUGUCAUUUAUGUGUUGCGGCAAAGAAAGCAUCAAAGGUUAAAUACUGAAAGUGGGCAGAAGGUGAUUUAUAAACCAGCCAAUACAAUGGAAGCAUGAGCUUACACUGAGUAACUGCCUUUUGGAAAUCUGGAGCUGAACCUAGCUAAUGGAACAAAAGUUAUUGACUUCUAGAGAAGAAACCAUUCAUUUAUUCUCUGCUGUCAUCAGAUGUGGCUCAGUUAUAAAUUGCUUUUAUAUAUAUUUUGUUCUGUACUAAGAGGAAGUGAACAUGUGGGCUGAAGCUGAAUCAUUAUCUUGUUGUGAUCUAAGUGCCAAGUGAAACAAUUCGGGUCCCAGUUGAAGCCACGUUUGCUGUUCAGAUCUUGUCCAUCUGCCUUCCCACAGCCCCCCCCCUCCCCCCCCUCCCCCCCCCAUUAAUUUAAUUAUGAUGAGGUGUUUCCUAUCCCGUGGGCUUGUGUCCGUGUGUUUGGCGUGAAGGUGCCUCGGCUGCAUUGACAUAAACUGGUCCGUGUAGUUUGACCCUAGUAUGUAGAAGCGGUUGAAUAUGGGGGUGGCACCAGUUGAUAGAAAUGUGGGGAGAAUAAAAUGAACAGUGUAAAAGUGGGCUUGAUUGUCAGCAGGGGUCUUAGUGGGACAAAGGCAUGUCUCUAUGCUGCAUCUCUGCCCCUCUACACCACUAAGGACUAAAACACAAUGCUGCAAUUAAACAAUUCCACUGAGGGUACCCAGUUUUCAGAUACUAGAAGGAUGUGAAACAAUUUUGUUCAGUAGUAUUGUAGUUAAUCAGCUUUAAGUGAAUUAUUGAAUGUUGAUUUUUUUUUUUCUAUUUUACAUGUAUAUUCAAUUCUCAAUGACAUGGGAAGUCUUUAUAUAUUGUUGGUGUUUGUGGGUAAAGGAAUCUGCUCGUGCAUGUUCACUGACUAGGAGUGGUGCUCCCAUGUGAUCCCACAGGAACAAUCUGUUUGCUGGGGAAAUGUGAUGUUGUGAGCGACAGUUUUGCACAGACCAUUAUUUAUGUUCUGAACUGAGAUCAUAAAAUAUCUGUACUGACCUAUGCACAGAUAAGUGGCAAGACUGACACAGCGAAAGUCUUUUAACUGCAUUAUUACAGCAGGUGUUUCUAUUACAGUGUAAACUGAAUUAGCUUUUUUGAAGUCGUCGAUGAAUGUAAUUUCAAAUCAGGAGAUAAGAAUCUGAACCAUGUUGCCUUCAGGGAAAUACUACAAUAAUUUGCAUUACAUAUACGAUGGUGUUUAUGCCAUAAAGUUUCAAUAGAUUUUGUAAAUUCAGCCAGCCAAGGAAAUGGACUCUGAGAAGGAUGAGAUUAAAGGGAUUGAUCACAAGCCUGAUCACAAACACUGGUUUAGAAAGAGGACAGGAGGUGGGGAAACAAGACGUUUCAGAGAGGGUGGUCUGGAGAGUGGGACCAAAACUGCUGAAGCUUUUACACAAUGGUGGGGUAAACCAAAGCUGUAACAUUUUGGUGGGGUAAAAGUGAUUUAAAAUCUCUUAAAUCAGAUUUCAGAGAUGAGAUCAAAGAGAUCUCCGAAAUCAAAGUGAUUGUGGGGUUGAUUCAAAGUUGGAAGUAGCUGGCAACAUGGUGUCAGACGGAAGGAUGUAAGGAUAACAAAACAUUAAACUGUUGGGGACAGGAAUCAAGUGUACAGUAAGAUUCAUGUGAGUAGGGUUAACUUUCUCUAAUAUGUGAAAUUACUUCCACAAUUAGUUACUUUGUGUGGAUUUUACCUGCAGGGGCAUAUUAAAGAAAAUAUUUUAUAGCACUGCAUCUAAAUUGAACAUAGGAAUGGUUCUAAUUUCGACAUAAAGGGUUUUUUUUUUGAAAUGUUAUUGACAUUGAAUAAAGUACUGAACAAAUAA